CUUUGGCCUGAUGUUGUACAUUGGGGUGCCAUUUGUGCUCAUAGUUGCAAAUUCACCAUUUCUUAUCCUAGAAGACCAGCUUCACGGAUAGCAUAAGUGAGCGGAUGUCCGAUGUCUAUUCAAAAGUGGCAGUAUCCAUUACCAUCACCACUGUCACCAAUGUCCUGGCCUUCUAUACAGGAAUUAUGACCUCUUUCAGAUCCGUUCAAUACUUUUGCAUCUAUACGGGAACAACCCUGCUCUUCUGUUAUAUUUAUAACAUCACCUGUUUUGGAGCAUUUAUGGCCCUGGAUGGGAAAAGAGAAGUAGUCUGUCUACGCUGGUUGAAGAAGCCAGAAACACCUGACCAAAAAUGUUCCUCAUUAAAAAAGUCCUGCUGCCUCCCUUGUAAUUCUCUCCGAGAUGAAUAUACAGCUGACAUCCAUCCAAUGAACCUGUUCUUUAGAGACUGUUUUGGUCCUUUUCUCAUAAGCACCAAGUCCAAGAUUUUUGUAGUGCUCCUAUACGUUUCGUACAUCAUAGCUAGUGUAUAUGGGUGUUUCCAAGUGCAGGAAGGUUUAGACCUCCGAAAUUUGGCAAGUGACGACUCCUACAUCACACCAUAUUUUAAUGUAGAAGAAGACCAUUUUUCUACUUAUGGUCCCAGGGUUAUGGUAAUAGUUACUGAGGCUCUUGACUACUGGGAUAAAGAUGCUAGGAAAAAACUGGAAAACUGUCUGGCAGAUUUUGAAAACAGUGAGUAUGUAGAUGAAAACCUUACAGAGUUUUGGUUACAAGAAUAUGUAAAAUAUAUGGAAAACCUCCGUCAAAAUAUAAAUGAUAAGACAUCGUUUCUAAGCAAUAUUCCCACUUUUUUAAUGGAUUUUCCACUUUUUGCAUAUGAUAUUAAUAUAACAUCAUCACAGGAAAUCAUUUGUUCCCGGGCCUUCGUUCAAACCAUGGGUAUUUCUUCUUCAACCAAUAAGAAGCUGAUGUUACUCCAGUUCCGAAACAUGGCUGAGAAGUGUGAAGUUCCCCUAAUGGUGUACAACCCGGCAUUCAUAUAUUUUGAUCAGUAUUCUGCAAUAGUAGAAAACACUGUUCGAAAUGUGGUUGUUGCAUCAGCAGCUAUGUUCGUUGUUUCCUUAUUGUUAAUUCCUCAUCCCCUGUGUUCUUUGUGGGUAACUUUUGCUAUUGCUUCUGUGAUUGUGGGCGUCACGGGUUUUAUGGCCUUCUGGAAUGUCAACCUUGAUUCCAUAUCCAUGAUUAAUCUUGUCAUUUGUAUAGGGUUUUCUUUUGAUUUUUCUGCUCACAUUUCCUAUGCAUUUGUUUCCAGUUCAGAGCCCUCAGUAGACCGAAAAGCCACUGAGGCACUGUAUCUGCUAGGCUACCCCGUGUUACAAAGUGCAGUUUCAACAAUAAUAGGGGUGUCUGUCCUGUCUGCAGCUAACGCAUACAUCUUCAGGACAUUUUUCAAGAUUAUGUUUCUUGUGAUGGUAUUUGGAGCUGCUCAUGGUCUAAUUUUUAUCCCAGUAUUCUUAACCUUUUUUUGAAAGUUACUUUGAAUAGUCACUAACAAAUCAAAGACCAAUUAUAGAAUUCCUGAUUGGCCCAAUCCAAACUGAUUAAAAUGCACUAUUGAGAAUAGUCAAUAAACUAAAAACAAAAGCUUUUUUUUGGCUUGUAAAUACCGUUUUAAAAUGUUAUUUAAAAUAUCCUGAGAAAAAUUAAUGUCUCACAUUAAAAUAUUUUUACUAAUUUAAGAAGUGUUUUCAUAUUUAUUAUGGUCUUGUAUAUGAUUGUAUAACCAAGAAUAACUUUCCAAUUAUUUGUCCUUUUAUUUCAUCAUUAGUAGUUUAUGCCUGGAAUUCAAAUAUUUUAUGUACUAUACUCUAAAAUGAAAUAUUAUUUUCAUUGUACUUCUCAUAUGCAUUAUUGGGUAAAAGCGUAACUAUUAUUUCUUCUCCUAGUCUGGGGUUUUUAUAUGCAUUUUCUUAUAGUGUAUUUUGACGAACAGAAGUUUUUAAAGUUUUGGAAUCAA